AUGGCAGAAGCAGAGCCACGGCCAACCGCGGCGGACCAAGCAGCCACCACCAUCCAGUGAGCCUUCCGGAAGCUCCUGGCGAGAAAGGAGCAGGCCUGCCGUGAGCAGGACCACCAGGACUACCUGGAGCUGAUGGAGAAGCUGCAGAGGCAGGGUUGGGGGCCCAGGGCUGGGGCGGUGACCGCACUGGGCCGCCCGCCGGCCUUCGUGGCCCUGUUGCGGCGGGAGCCAGAGGCGGCCCGGCGGCAGUGGGAAGAAGCGGCGCGGCAGGAGGAGCGGCAGCGCGGGGCGCGCCUGUUGGAGGCGCGCCUGCUGGAGGCGGCCUUCGACGGGAACCUGGGCGAAAUCCAGGCGGUCCUGCGGGAGGUGGACGCGCUGCUGAACCGCGAGGGCGUGAGCUGCGACGUGGCGCGGGCGGCGCGGCGGCUGCAGCGGCGCCUGGCCCUCGUGGACUUCGAGGAAGCGACGGCGGGCGGGCAGUCCCUGGCCAUCCAGCUGCUAACCGAGCAGGGCGCCAGUCGCAACAGCAAGGGCGCCUUCGGCCGGACGCCGCUGUACCGAGCGGCCUUCGGGGGCCACCUGGAAGCCGUGGAGGUGCUUGUGAAGCUCGUAGCUGACCCCCGGGUGUAUGCGGACGACGGACGCACCCCCGAGCAGGUGGCCUCGCUGGACGUGGUGGUCAGCGUGCUGCAGUCCUGGGACCUGAGCCAUAUUCUCCAGAACAUGGAGGCCCAGCGGCAGCGCUGGGCCAGGGAACCAAGCAGCACAGGGAGGCGGAGCUCAAGUGGCGCCGAAGAGGGGGGCCUAGCGCGAGCUCAACCCGAGGAUCGACGAGCACAAGCGUUAACGGAGGGCGCGGGCAUGGCUGAGCUCACUCGGCAGGCCGUCAAGGACGCGGAGGCCCAAGUAGACAGGCUCCGGUUGGAGGCCCAAAAGGCGGAGGAGAUGCUGGCCCUGGCCAGGCUGGAGUGCGGGGGGCGGGCCCAGGAGGGGGAGGAGGAGGCGCCCGGGCUGAAGUGUCAGGUCACUGAGCUCCACGACGUGCUGUUGAAGGACGUGGGUGAUCGCAUCCGCACUGAUGGCAGGUGGCCUCUUGUCAUCGACCCUUCGGGCCAGGCGGCCACCUUCCUGCGCUACCAGGACACCAACUAUGUGGACGCCGUGAACCCAGACCACCUGAGGCCGGAGAGGAUCAGGCUGGCGCUGCUGGGCUUCGGGAAGCCGCGGGUGUCCGACCUGCGUGAAGUGGACCUGUUCCUGGCGGCGCAGCGGCAGCUGGAGGCGGUGCAGCCGGGCCUGGCGCAGGAGCUGCUGGGCCGCGGGCUGCUGGAGCGGGAGAGGUUCCUGUCGCUGCUGCGGCCGACCGAUGAGCCCGAGUACAGCCCCAGCCAGUGCCAGGAGGCGCGCCUGGGGCACUUCCACCUCUUCUAUGUCACCAAGGUUCGGUGGCCGCUGCGCCCCAGGGCGCCGGGUCCGUGAACGUGCGCAUCAGGAAUGUGGGCGUGCGCUGUGCAGGGGAGGGGGCCGGCCGGGAGCCCCAGCUGGGGGACCCCGGCUGGCGGGCCCUUGGGGGCAGAGUAGGCGGGCCCAAUCAGUUCCUCCCGCUGUGGAGCAGUGCACAGUUGGGACGACGGGGGAGUUCGUGGUCCCCGCACCGGCCCCAGAUUUGGAGGAGCAGAAGGGGUGGGCGUUGGUAUGCCGGCGGGCGGACAGACAGACAGACUAGAGGUAAAACGUAGUCAAUUUUAUUCUCCUUAAACCACAAAAUAGAGUCUUUGGUUGUACAAACAUCACUAGUUACAGUCUCGCCAGGAGGUCCCGGCUGGGGAGGGGGCAGUUAGCGGCCAGAACUCUUGAAAAUGCUAACGGCCGGGUUAAAAGACUCGAGGCAAGGGUGGUGCUGGAGCUGGCAGGGCCCCCACCCCAAGUCGGGGGAGGUACCUUGACCCUCUAGGAGGGCACCGGGCCCAGGCCCCGGCGCCCCGGCCGCACGGCGCGGCGGCUGCUGCAUAGGGCCACCUCCUCGGGGCCCGCGGCGCCUGGCGAAGGCCUGCCCAGAAACACCAUGGCCACCUCUCCAUCCUCCUCUGGCAGACCUGGCCGACGGGGGCAGGGAGUGAGCUGAUGGGCCCCAGGCCCCCUGGGAGCACCCGGGGCCGCGCCUGCCAACUCACCAGGGCUCGGAGAUGGUUCCAAGGACCUCAGCUCCUCAGCAAAAUCUGGGGACUGUGAUGGGGAGAAGGGCUGCUCAGGGCUCCGCCCCAGACCUGCCUGAAACCACCCACCUGAGCCUGGGUGGGUCCCUGCUGAGCCCUGGCUGGAGGAUGGGAGGUGGGUGGACAGGACUGGCCACAGAGAGAC